AUGUAUCCCACAAGAAUACUCCGCUCCGCCCUCCCCCAGCUUGGGGACGAGAAGCCAAACAUCACCGGCUUCUCCAUGAAGAAGUUCCUCGCCAAUACAAAGAAGCCCCGUUACGACCCCUGGGAGAGAAAUGAGGCUUGGCGAUACACCGGCCGCUUCAGCCGAUUCAACAGAUACAGAAACGCCCUCCCCGGGUUCGGUACUGCCGUCGUCGCUUUCACAGCCUACUGCGUCUACGAGCAGCUCUUCUUGAAGAAGGAUGAGCGCCACCACGGCGAGGAGCACCACUGA